AUGCUGUCCUGCGACGGACUCAAAGCUCUGUGCGGUCUCGCAAGCGGCCGAUUCGGUCGUUUCAUCGAGACUCUACGCAUUGGAUCAGAGGCUCUUGCCUACAGCAGGCCGACAGCCACGAGAGCACAGCGCGCCAGGCUGCGGGAGCUAUACGAAGACCAGACAUACCUCAGACAGAGAGGGCUUGACGCCGCAUUGCUCGCGGUCGCGCUGACGAACAUGAAGGCAUCCCUCAGGGAGAUCGUUGUGUCCGGCGCCAGCUCAAUCGGUGGUCCUCGAAGCUGGGGCGCGCUCGAGUUGGAAGAGGAAGUUGGGGGUGCGAUAGUCCUCGAACAAUCGCGCACCCUUUCCACGGUUCUGGCCGCAAUAGCCUCGAGCCAAGUUCAACCGCGCGUAGUCAGAAACGAGCCGCUGAUCGGUAAAGACGGGAUAGGGGCCCAUCGCGAUGCGAUCGCCAUCCCGCGGGCAGGCAUGGCACUUCUAUCCGCUGCAUUCCAGCGUCUGCGUAUACUGCAGCUCAACCUCUGGGUUCAAAGCACCGCUUCGGGAAUCACAGUCAGGAGCCUGUCCGCGGAUCUGAUAGAUCUCCUUCUCGAGUUGGCGAGCUUGGAGGAGCUUUAUCUCGGACUGCAGCGCGUGCUGGCCGUUCCAGUUCUGGGGCCGGAAAUAGGAGCAGUCGCGUUCUCCAGCAGGCUUCGGAAACUGCACAUCACUGGUGGGCAGGUUGAAGAGGCCACAUUACUAGCGCUGAUCCAAAACCAUAGACAGACGCUUCAAAGGGCCACAUUUACUAGAGUCUCGCUGCGGGGAGGAUGGAGAAGUCUCCUUGGGCGGCUGGGCUUCGAGGUCAGUUCGGGGGACUUGGAAGCCAACAUCCAGCCAGCUGUCACAGUGCUGGGCGCCUGGGACAGUCUCGCCUGUCAGGAGGUAACCAUGGUGGCCGGGGACCCCUCUAAACCGUCGACUGCGAGGCGAGACACAGGCCAACGGUGA